UACUGUCUGUCUCUCUCUAUAUGAUUCAUUACUGUCUGUCUCUCUCUAUAUGAUUCAUUACUGUCUGUCUCUCUCUAUAUGAUUCAUUACUGUCUGUCUCUAUAUGAUUCAUUACUGUCUGUCUCUCUAUAUGAUUCAUUACUGUCUGUCUCUCUAUAUGAUUCAUUACUGUAUGUCUGUCUCUCUAUGAUUCAUUACUGUCUGUCUCUCUCUAUAUGAUUCAUUACUGUCUGUCUCUAUAUGAUUCAUUACUGUCUGUCUCUCUCUAUAUGAUUCAUUACUGUCUGUCUCUAUAUGAUUCAUUACUGUCUGUCUCUCUCUAUAUGAUUCAUUACUGUCUGUCUCUAUAUGAUUCAUUACUGUCUGUCUGUCUCUCUAUAUGAUUCAUUACUGUCUGUCUGUCUAUGAUUAUUAAAUACUGUCUGUCUGUCUCUGUGUACAUCAUGUCAUUGCAUACUAUAUAUCAGAUACAUACAGUACCUUCGGAAGGUAUUCACACCCCUUUACUGUUUCCACAUUUUGUUGUUACAGCUUGAAUUUAAAAUGGAUUCAAUGUAGAUUUUUUUUUGUCACUGGCCUACACACAAUACCCCAUAAUGUGAAAGUGGUAAUUAUGUUUUUCGAAAUGUUUACAAAUUAAUAAAAAAUGAAAAGCUGAAAUGUAUUGAGUCAAUAAGUAUUCAAUGCCUUUGUUAUGGCAACAUUUACCUGGCGCUAACUCUGCAAAUAGCACUGCUUGGUGAUUUGAAAAGUCACAGUCAAUCGAUCAAUAAUAUAAUAAUACUUGUAGCAAAAAUGUUUAUCUUUAAUUUACAAUCUGUAGAAACUAUGAGAAUAGAAAGGUUCAGAACUUUUGUGAAACAUCACAGUUGAAAAGUAUAUGGCAAAUAGAAAUAAAAAAUGGAUGGUGUUAAGAGAUAGAUGGGAAGGGGUUGAGUGGAGCUGAAGGAUGGGACUAAGAACAACAAGAUAACUCAUGUAAAAAAUACUGUGUCCGUAAAAUGCAUAUAGGUUCAGAACUUUUGUAAAACAGCACAGUGAAAAAUAUAUGGCAAAUAAAAAUCAAACUGGCUGGUCUUCAGAGAUAGAUGGGAGGGGUUGAGGGUAGCUGAAGGAUGGGAUUAAAAACAAACAAAAGAUAACUAUUGUAAAAUACAUUGUGUCUGUAAAAUGUAUAUAGUAUGUACUGUAAAUGUGAUAUUUCAGUUUUUUUGUUUUUCAGUCGAGCAGUGAAUUUCAAACACCGAUUCAACCUCAAAAACCAAGGUUUUCCAAUGCCUUGCAAAGAAGGGCACCUAUUGGUAGAUUAAAAUAAAUAAAAAGCAAACAUUGAAUAUCCCUUUGAGCAUGGUGAAGUUAUUAAUUACACUUUGGAUGGUGUAUCAAUACACCCAGUCAAUAUAAAGAUACAGGCGUCCUUCCUAACUCAGUUGGCGGAGAGGAAGGAAACAGCUCAGGGAUUUCACCAUGAGGCCAAUGGUGACUUUAAAACAGUUACAGAGUUGAAUGGCUGUGAUAAGAGAAAACUGAGGCUGGAUCAACAACAUUAUAGUUACUCCACAAUACUAACCUAAAUGACAAAAGGAAGCCUGUACAAAAUAAAAAUAUUCCUAAACAUGCAUCCUGUUUGCAACAAGGCACUAAAGUAAUACUGCAAAAAAAUUUGACAAAGCAAUUACAUUUUUGUCCUGAAUACAAAGUGUUAUGUUUGGGGCAAAUCCAAUACAACACGUUACUGAGUACCACUCUCCAAGAAGACAGUGAAUGUUCCUGAGUGGCCCAGUUACAGUUUUGACUUAUAUCUGCUUGAAAAGCUAUGGCAAGACCUGAAAAUGGUGGUCAAGCAAUGAUCAACAACCAAUUUGACAGAGCUAUAAGAAUUUUGAAAAGAAUAAUGGGCAAAUGUUGCACAAUCCAGGUGUGGAAAGCUCUUAGAGACUUACCCAGAAAGACUCACAGCUGUAAUCGCUGCCAAAGGUGAUUCUACAAAGUUCUACAAAGACAUGUUUUCACUUUGUCAUUAUUGGGGUAUUGUGUGUAUCUACACUGCCGUUCAAAAGUUUGGGGUCACUUAGAAAUGUCCUUGUUUUUGAAAGAAAAGCAUUUUUUUGUCCAUUAAAAUAACAUCAAAUUGAUCAGAAAUACAGUGUACAUUUUAGUCAUUUAGCAGACGCUCUUAUCCAGAGCGACUUACAGUUAGUGAAUACAUAUUUUUUUUUUAUACUGGCCCCCCGUGGGAAUUGAACCCACAACCCUGGCGUUGCAAACGCCAUGCUCUAUCAACUGAGCUACAUCCCUGCCAGCCAUUCCCUCCCCUACCCUGGGCCAAUUGUGCGCCGCCCAUGAGUCUCCCGGUCGCUGCCGGCUGCGACAGUGCCUGGAUUCGAACCAGGAUCUAGUGGCACAGUUAGCACUGCGAUGCAGUGCCUUAGAUCACUGCGCCACUCAGGAGUAGACAUUGUUAAUGUUGUAAAUGGCUAUUGUAGAUGGAAACUGCAGACUUUUAAUGAAAUAUCUACAGAGGCCCAUUAUCAGCAACCAUCAGUCCUGUGUUCCAAUGGCACGUUGUGUUUGCUAAUUCAAGUUUAUCAUUUUAAAGGCUAAUUGAUCAUUAGAAAACCCUUUUGCAAUUAUGAUAGCACAGCUGAAAACUGUUGUGCUGAUUAAAUAAGCAAUACAUCUGGCCUUCUUGAGACUAUUUGAGUAUCUGGAGCAUCAGCAAUUGUGGGUUCGAUUACAGGCUCAAAUAACUUUCUUUUGAAACUCGUCAGUCUAUUCUUGUUCUGAGAAAUUAAGGCUAUUCCAUGCGAGAAAUUGCUAAGAAACUGAAGAUCUCGUACAACGCUGUGUACUACUCCCUUCACAGAACAGCGCAAACUGGUUCUAACCAGAAUAGAAAGAGGAGUGUGAGGCCCCGGUGCACAACUGAACAAGAGAACAAAUACAUUAGAGUGUCUAGUUUGAGAAACAGACGUCUCACAGGUCCUCAACUGGCAGCUUCAUUAAAUAGUACCCGCAAAACACCAGUCUCAACGUCAACAGUGAAGAGGCGACUCCGGGAUGCUGACCUUCAGAGUUGCAAAGACAAAGCCAUAUCUCAGACUGGCCAAUAAAAAGAAAAGAUUAAGAUGGCCAGUCUGAGAUAUGGCUUUUUCUUUGCAACUCCGCCUUGAAGGUCAGCAUCCCGGAGUACUUUCUGAAGGCACUGUAUACUAUGGAAUUAACUAAGAAAAAAAUAAAUGUCCCUGCCAUAUUGUUGUUGUUGAUAUUGCUGUUGUUGAUAUUGUCAUCUCCUCCCUGACCAACCCCUUCUCCCCCCAGUAGUCAUGGCGAUGACCCCCCACACCGCUGAGGUAGCUCGUCUCUACCAGACAGAGUUUAUCCGUAGCGCCCGGGCGGUGGGCGUCCUCUGGGCUGUGUGUACCCUCUGCUUCGCUAUCAUCGAGGUUGUCAUCCUCAUACAGCCCUCCUGGGUGGGCACCAGAGAGGUUCACUAUCAGGGAGGGGGCCCUGCGCCAAAGACUGGCACCCUGGGACUGUUCGAGGUGUGUGUGUCUUUUGUUUAAAAAGGUUUUAAGUCCUCAAUUAAUUGAGGAAGUGAGUUCAAAUUGACUAUGGUCCUGACUAAAUAACAGCCAUUUUUAAUCAGUUGAAAAUGUCCUACAUAAAGACAUACAGUAUUAAAAGCCUUAUAAUAAGACAUUAAAGGGAUAAGUCCUGUAGACUUCGUCAUUAAGCUAACGCUAGUUAGCCAUGGCUGCGAAACUACCUUCAACUUCCUUCAAACUGCUUGCAGAGACAUACAAAUGGUAUCAAUGACUUCAUCUGACUCAGGGUAGGUAGAAAAAAGGUAGUCAUUGCCAAAAUGUCGCACUAUCCCUUUAAGACUCUUACACAUGAUUUUAACAGGUAAUAAAGCAUACUUUAAGUAAAGUGUUACAGUACCACAUUUUUUUAUUGAAAACGGCAUCCACCCCCCCAACCCCUAAUGUUUGCCACUGUGUUUGUAGGUGUGUGUGGAGUCUGAUUGGCCGGUUCCAGAGUGUCGUGGAUCCCUGAGCACUCUGACCCCUCUCCCAGCCUUCCAGUCACCUGCCGUGCUGGUCUGCAUGUCCCUGACCAUGGUCUGGGCCAGCGUCGGCUGCCUCUCCCUCUUCAGAUUCUGCAACGCCGCCACCGUCUACAAGAUCUGCGCUUGGCUGCAGCUUACUGCAGGUACACUCUACAUUAUAUCGUUAUGUCGUGACUUGACUUUAACAUUAAUCUGAAGACUGUUAUUUAUCUAAUUAACUAACUAUGUUUCAUUGUUACCCAAUUUUAAAUUAAUCAUGUAACAAUUAACUCAUUAGGAUCUGGGGCACCACGAGAGCAGUUCUUUAAAGAGUCACCAUAUCCUGAAUUAAACUCUAAAAGGUCUUUAACUAUCACAUCUAUAAACAGUCAACUUAUUAAUCAUAACCUUGUGUCAUAUCAUCAUUCUGAACAGUCGUAACCUCCUUGCACCUGCAAAAACUCCAGCCUUACUUAUGAUUCAGUACUACACAAAUUGGUUUAAUUAUUUAUUCACUAGCUAAUUAAAUGGGAACACAGGAUAAACACACACACUUUGCACCGGUUAUUGACUGGAGGCUUAAUACGCUGAAAACAGGUCCCUAGUGGACUGACAACAACAUGGAUGCUUGUUAAAGAAGAGAUGGAGAGGGUUAGAGAGAGGGACAGAGACACUUAACAUUGCCACAUUCAGAAACUACUCUCACCUACAGUAACCAUAUACUUUGCACACGAACCGCCGCCCACUUUGAUCAAGAAAUCAUGAAUGUAUUUACGUGAAAUGCCUGGGUUUGCCGGGGAUCUCUCGGUGAACGGGGCAGCCUUGGAAAGGGGGUUGAGCCCUUUCGCGGCUCUGAUUAUCCAACAACUCUUCUCCCGUUGUCCUUCUUUGUAGUUGUCCGGUACCCGGUGACUUGUUGUGUAGUCCUGAACAGAACUACAGAGUUGAUUUUCCUUCCAUUCGCUCUUGAAGAUGCUUCUUUGAAGAUAGCUAGCCAGCCGUAUCGAUGGUUCCUCAUUGGGGUGAUGAGAGUAGCGUAAUACGAUGGUUUGAGCAGCGUAACAGGAUGGUCCUACUUCAAUUAGCUUUCAAAGAUACUUUACUUAGGACAGCUAAUCAGCCGUGCCAGUAAUUGAAUUGUCCGGUGAUUGAGGUGAGUUUAUCGUCUCCACCUCGUGUUGACAUUCAAAGUUCAAACCAUUUUAUACGCGCAGCUGCAGCUUCACAUAUUUCUGGUCUGAUGUGUUCAUUCGUAACCCAUCAUUCGUAACCCAUCAUUUAUACCUUGAAAGGGGCGGUUCCGGCAGGCUGACAUCACUUCGUUGGGCGGUGAUUACUCACUGUGCAAAGUUAUGGAAAACAAUUAUCUCUUAUAACUUUGCAAAUCACAUCCCUCUCAUAACAAAAACACUUUCAUCAUUUUUUAUAUUACACGAACAACCCAUAGUAUGGAAACUUCAUCUAUGUAGCGGGUAAUACUUUCCAAGUUACAGUAUUUUCUUUAUAAUAUUUUUAAUGACAUCACAAAAUAACAAAUACAUUGACUUCUUUAGUGUUGUAUAGAUUGCCUCUGACCAUUCCCCACAUUCUACAUUAGAAAUAUUGUUCCAGUGUUCGAUUUUGAAUGUGUUAGAGUUUCAGCGGGAACAAGGGUCUAUUUGGAUUCUCGUGGUCAGUCAUGACAGCUAUAAAGAGAUUGACCUUGAGAUAGGCCCUUUAAAUAGCUGAACAUAUCCUGAUUUUGACUACCCUGUGUUGUAUUGUGGUGUGUAAUUAUUAUAUGGCAAUGCUAAAUAAAUAUUUCCAUUCUGGAAAUGGACAAUAAAGUUCUAUUCUAUUUUCUGUGCAGGUUUCUACCGGGCUAUAGCCUGGAUCCUGACUACACUGUGUUGUCGUCCUCUCUAAGGGUUCUGCCUGGCUAUAGCCUGGAUCCUGACUACACUGUGUUGUCGUCCUCUCUAAGGUUUCUGCCUGGCUCUAGCCCGGAUCCUGACUACACUGUGUUGUCGUCCUCUCUAAGGUUUCUGCCUGGCUCUAGCCCGGAUCCUGACUACACUGUGUUGUCGUCCUCUCUAAGGGUUCUGCCUGGCUAUAGCCUGGAUCCUGACUACACUGUGUUGUCGUCCUCUCUAAGGGUUCUGCCUGACUCUAGCCCGGAUCCUAACUACACUGUGUUGUCGUCCUCUCUAAGGUUUCUGCCUGGCUCUAGCCCGGAUCCUGACUACACUGUGUUGUCGUCCUCUCUAAGGGUUCUGCCUGGCUCUAGCCUGCGUGCUGUUCCCUGACUCGUGGGAUUGUGCGGACAUGCGGGACCUGUGUGGGGAGGGGGUGACCAGUUUCUCCUCAGGAAACUGCUCUGUGCACUGGGCCUUUGUCCUGGCCUUGUUGGGGGUCCUGGAUGCUGCCAUCCUGGCCACUCUGGCCUUCGUGCUGGGCAACCGACAGGACGCUCUGCUGCCAGAGGACACCAAGGAUGGUGAGAAUAGCAUAAUAUACUACAGCACCCUUAAUGAUCUGUGUAACAUAUCCUACUCAUGUGUCCCGAUGGUGAGGAUAGCAUAGGUAAUCAACCACAUCACAUUUCAGAGAUGGGGUUAAUAGUAUACAGUGCCUUCAGAAAGUAUUCACACCCCUUUACUUUUUCAACAUUUUGUAGUGUUACAGCCUGAAUUCAAAAUUGGAUUAAAUGUUGUGUCACUGGCCUACACACAGUACCCCAUAAUGUGAAAGUGGAAUUAUGUUUUUAGACAUUUUCGAAACGCUGAAAUGUCUUGAGUCAGUAAGCAUUCAACGCCUUUGUUAUGGCAAGCCUAAACAAGUUCAGGAGUAAAAAUAUGCUUAACAAGUCACAUAAUACGUUGCAUGGACUCUGCGUGCAAUAAUAGUGUUUAACGUGAUUUUUGAAUGACCCCAACACUUACAAUUAUCUUUAAGGUCCCUCAGUCGAACAGUGAAUUUCAAACACAGAUUUCAACCACAAAAACCAGGGAGGUUUUCCAAAGCCUCGAGAUACCUGAAUAGAAAAUGACUCAAGUAAAAGUGAAAUUCACCCAGUAAAAUACUACUUGAGUAAAAGUCUAAAAGUAUUUGGUUUUAAAUAUACUUAAGUAUCAUAAGUAAAUGUAAUUGCUAAAAUAUACUUAAGUAUCAAGAGUAAAAGUAUAAAUAAUUUCAAAUUCCUUAAAUUAAACAAACCAGGCGGCACCAUUUUCUUGUUUUUUUAAAUUUACGGAUAGCUAGGGGCACACUUCAACACGCAGACGUCAUUUACAAACAAAGCAUGUGUGUUUAGUGAGUCCGUCAGAUCAGAGGCAGUAGGGAUGACCAGGGAUGUUCUCUUGAUUAGUGCGUGAAUUUGACUAUUUUCCUGUCCUGCAAAGCAUUCACAAUGUAACGAGUACUUUUGGGUGUCAGGGAAAAUGUAUGGAGUAAAAAGUACAUAAUUUUCUUUAGGAAUGUAGUGAAGUAAAAGUUGUCAAAAAUAUAAAUAGUAAUGUACAGAUACCCAAAAAAACUACUUAAGUUGUACUUUAAAUUAUUUUUCACUUAAGUAUUUACAGUAAUACUUUAAAGUAUUUUUACUUAAGUACUUAACACCACUGAAUACACACUGGGGUUUCUUACCAAGACGACACUGAAUGUUCCUGAGUGGCCUAGUUACAGUUUUGACUUAAAUCGGCUUGAAAAUCUACGGCAAGACCUGAAAAUGACUGUCUAGCAAUGAUCAACAAGCAAUUUGACAAAGCUUGAAUAAUUUUUUUAAGAAUAAUGUGGAAAUAUUGUACAAUCCAGGUGUACAAAGAUCUUAGAGACUUACCCAGAAAGACUCACAGCUGUAAUCACUGCCAAAGGAGACUCUAACAUUUAUUGACUCAUGGGUUUGAAUACUUAAGUAAAUAGGAUUUUUCUGUAUUUGAUUUUCAAUACAUUUGCAAACAUUUCUAAAAACAUAUUUUCACUUUGUCAUCAUGGGGUAUUGUGUGUAGAUGGGUGAGAGAUAAAACCUAUUUCAUCCAUUUUUAACUCGGCUGUAACCCAACAAUAUGUGGGAUAAGUCAAGGGGUAUGAAUACUUAUUGUACGUUGUGUUAGAUUCUAAAUAAACAGAGUAAAAACUCACGGACGACUAGUAAAGCUCAAACCAAGUUUAUUCACCCACUGGGUCACACAGCUGCAUAAGACAAAUACAUAUUUACACAAGCACUGGUAUUUAAACCUUCCUCCUAUGCUGAGUCUCCUCCUUACACAUCUGGACAGCCAAUACAUCUCUGUUGCUAGGCAGGACUUUAGUGAUGCCUUUUCUUUCUCACUUCGUCUGACCUGAACUCACCUCGGACCCCAUUCCUCACUAAUCCACAGCUAUCCACCCUUAUCAGUGAACUAUCCAAGCCCAUGGCUCAUAUCCACCCUUAUCUGACCCCACCAUACAGUGGGGAAAAAAGGGAUUUAGUCAGCCACCAAUUGUGCAAGUUCUCCCACUUAAAAAGAUGAGAGAGGCCUGUAAUUUUCAUCAUAGGUACACGUCAACAAUGACAGACAAAUGAGAAAAAAAAAUCCAGAAAAUCACAUUGUAGGAUUUUUAAUGAAUUUAUUUGCAAAUUAUGGUGGAAAAUAAGUAUUUGGUCAAUAACAAAAGUUUCUCAAUACUUUGUUAUAUACCCUUUGUUGGCAAUGACACAGGUCAAAUGUUUUCUGUAAGUCUUCACAAGGUUUUCACACACUGUUGCUGGUAUUUUGGCCCAUUCCUCCAUGCAGAUCUCCUCUAGAGCAGUGAUGUUUUGGGGCUGUCGCUGGGCAACACAGACUUUCAACUCCCUCCAAAGAUUUUCUAUGGGGUUGAGAUCUGGAGACUGGCUAGGCCACUCCAGGACCUUGAAAUGCUUCUUACGAAGCCACUCCUUCGUUGCCCGGGCGGUGUGUUUGGGAUCAUUGUCAUGCUGAAAGACCUAGCCACGUUUCAUCUUCAAUGCCCUUGCUGAUGGAAGGAGGUUUUCACUCAAAAUCUCACGAUACAUGGCCCCAUUCAUUCUUUCCUUUACACGGAUCAGUCGUCCUGGUCCCUUUGCAGAAAAACAGCCCCAAAGCAUGAUGUUUCCACCCCCAUGCUUCACAGUAGGUAUGGUGUUCUUUGGAUGCAACUCAGCAUUCUUUGUCCUCCAAACACGACGAGUUGAGUUUUUUACCAAAAAGUUAUAUUUUGGUUUCAUCUGACCAUAUGACAUUCUCCCAAUCCUUUCUGGAUCAUCCAAAUGCACUCUAGCAAACUUCAGACGGGCCUGGACAUGUACUGGCUUAAGCAGGGGGACACGUCUGGCACUGCAGGAUUUGAGUCCCUGGCGGCGUAGUGUGUUACUGAUGGUAGGCUUUGUUACUUUGGUCCCAGCUCUCUGCAGGUCAUUCACUAGGUCCCCCCGUGUGGUUCUGGGAUUUUUCCUCACCGUUCUUGUGAUCAUUUUGACCCCACGGGGUGAGAUCUUGCGUGGAGCCCCAGAUCGAGGGAGAUUAUCAGUGGUCUUGUAUGUCUUCCAUUUCCUAAUAAUUGCUCCCACAGUUGAUUUCUUCAAACCAAGCUGCUUACCUAUUGCAGAUUCAGUCUUCCCAGCCUGGUGCAGGUCUACAAUUUUGUUUCUGGUGUCCUUUGACAGCUCUUUGGUCUUGGCCAUAGUGGAGUUUGGAGUGUGACUGUUUGAGGUUGUGGACAGGUGUCUUUUAUACUGAUAACAAGUUCAAACAGGUGCCAUUAAUACAGGUAACGAGUGGAGGACAGAGAAGCCUCUUAAAGAAGAAGUUACAGGUCUGUGAGAGCCAGAAAUCUUGCUUGUUUGUAGUUGACCAAAUACUUAUUUUCCACCAUAAUUUGCAAAUAAAUUCAUUAAAAAUCCUACAAUGUGAUUUUCUGGAUUUUUUUUUCUCAAUUUGUCUGUCAUAGUUGACGUGUACCUAUGAUGAAAAUUACAGGCAUCUCUCAUCUUUUUAAGUGGGAGAACUUGCACAAUUGGUGGCUGACUAAAUACUUUUUUUCCCCACUGUAUACAUUCCUCCUACAUAUAAACAUUAACUUCUGGUGUAACAAGUAUUUCAAAUUACAACCCAACAACUGAACUCCCUAAUAUCUAACAAUAACAUGUUCUGACAGAAUGUAAACUCUCUGUAUUCCCCUCUCUCCCUGAGUAACAUGAAUUUGGAUAUUUCAAGUUUAGAAGUCAGAACCGAUCAGUAGUCAAAAUCGACAUCCAUUUUCAUGGGGUGCUAGGCCAGGAAAUACUUGUAAAUUCUCAAAGAAAUACUUUUAAGGACAGAAAUGUGAGAACCCUUGAUUUCCUUUUAAAGUUCAACAAUAAUCUUUAAGUAUUGUUGGGUACCUCGAAAGGCACAAAUACAAUGUAUUAUUGUUGUGGCUCAGUUUGGUACAGCAUUCCGCUUGCAAUGCCAGGAUCGUGGGUUCGAUUCCCGCUGGGGCCACUUAUACAAACAAUAUACACUGAGUGUACAAAACAUUAAGAACACCUGCUAUUUCCAUGACAUAGACUGACCAGGUGAAUCCAGGUGAAAGAUAUGAUCCCUUAUUGAUGUUUGACGCUUUUUCUUGAGUGGACAGCUUGGGGGGGUUGAAGUAUCUGUCCUAUAUCUAGGAGAUAAAAGAAAUAUUUUACUUUUUUUUUUACAUAUUUAACCCCUUAUUUUUGUUGCUACAAAACUACGUCCAUACUUCCAUUCAUUUGUAUGGGUUACCUUCAGACGAGUCCCGUGACACUUGUGGGGGCCGUAGAGAAAAUCGGAGAACACCAUUGUGUUCGUGAGAGUCUCCCCUUUCCAUAGUGGGGUUGUAUUUGAUUAAUGUUUAUUGAAAAAGUUUGGAUUUCAGCAAACAAAAAAAGGCACCCAACUACAGAGGCCAAACAGGUACAAGGUGGGCGUUUCAUAAUUUAAAUGUUUUUUUAAAGUAUUGACCUUGGGCGAAUCGAUGUAGUCAGAGCUAGAUUCCACAAUGCCUGGUCUCGGUUCAACGCCGUUGGUGACGUUCAUCAGAAAACUUCCUUCACCUAUGGAGUGGAGUUUAGUCCACCAAACUGAUCAGAACAUUUUGUUAGCUUAUUAUGUAGCCUAGCAGUGGAUUGUUUUGCUAUUCACUCACGUAGUAACCUAGCUAAUGUAACCUAGCUACUGUAACCUAGGCUACUCCUUGUCUAAUGGUCAUUACUAAUAAUGUAGGACCGAUGUUUUCUGUUCGUUCAGACUGUAACAACCCUCUUGUUUCUUGUCUUCCCACUACAGUGACUGGGUUUCUGCUGUCUGCAUAGACUGGCUGGAUCCCAUUCUGGGUUAUAUAUAUAUAUAUACACAGGUGAGGCUUCUCAGUCACUUACUAUCUGUGACCCGUGAGAUGGCCCUCCAGUCUGUUCAGCUUUUUAUUUAGCUUUAUACAUUUGAAGUUGUUUGGAUAUUAUUAGGAAUUUGGGGGAAUUUUAAUGAAAAUGUAAUUACUUGACUCACUCUUUCCUCUCUCUCUUUCUCUUUCUUUUUUUCUAUCUAUUCCUUCUAUUUCCAUCUCCCUCACUCUUUGGGUCCUUAUUACACUUGUGUUGUCUUUCCUGUUCUCUUCUGGAAACGUCCCCUUGUUUCCUCCCAUCAUGUCCUCCUAUCUCUCUCUUCAUUGGGUCAAUAAACAAGCUAGAAGAAGAACCCUCUGACUCCUCCCCCUUGGUAUUACAUCACCAUGCAUAUCCUGGUUACAUAAUGUCCCUGCAUUGGAAACGGUCACCUGGCAACAGUAGGCCCGCAGCUGUGUUCCACUCCCUGAGAUGGAGGACAAUGAUCUCCUUGAUGUUUUAAAAUCCUUGAGAGGCUGCUGGCUCUGGACUCAGGAGGAGGGAAGGUGGUGACACACUGA